AUGGUGGACCUCACAGAUGCCUACUUUCCUGUCCCGAUAAAACCCAGCCACAGAAAGUGCCUGCGGUUCACAUUCCAGGGCAAUUGUUGUAAAUUUCACGUGCUCCCCUUCAGGCUGUCUCUGGCUCCACACACUUUCUCGAAGUGCAGUGAAGCUGCUCUAGCCCCCCUGACAGCAAGAGGCAUCGGGAUUCUAAACUAUCUCAACGACUGGAUCAUAUGCACUCAGUUGCCAGAAGACGCUGUGGAUCACAUGAACAUUGUCACCUGUCACCUGAGAAACUUGGGGCUUGACGUCAACAUCCAAAAACCCGUUUUAUACCUGACCAUUCACACUUAUCAACACGCGGGUGGCUGUGAGCUGGAUGAUGACGGGACCAGGCGGGCACAUUUGUAUCAUGCGUAUGAUGGGAAGGAUUUUGUUAGUCUUGAUGUAGAUACCAUGACCUGGGUCGCUGCUGUGCCGCAGGCUGUCUUCUAUAAACACAAGCUGGAAGCUGACACAGCAUUGCAACAGAUCACUUUGGACUAUCAUAGACAGGACUGUUUUCAGUUGCUGGAGUGGUGCCUCCAAUAUGGGAUGGAGACCCAGCAGAGGAAAGUCCGCCCUGCAGUGAUGCUGAUACAGAGGAAAGCGCGGGAAUCUGCAGGAACAGACGUCAUUUGCCACGUGACGGGGUUUUACCCCCGAGAGGUUGAGGUGAACUGGAUCAGAGAUGGUGAAGCUCUGCUGGAGGAGGGGGUGUGGAGUGGAGAGGUGCUACCCAACGGGGACACAACCUACCAGCUGAGAAAGACCCUGACAGUGAGUCCUGAGGACCAGAAGAAACACAGCUACUCCUGCCAGGUGGACCACGCCAGUCUGGAUGAGAAGAUGGAUGUGAAAUGGGUUCCAGAGGCUGCUCUCAACAUGGGGUUUGUUGCUGGUGGUGUGCUGGCUGCUCUGGGUCUGAUCAUCGCAGUGAUCAUAGGAGUUCACAUCUGGAAGAAAAGAGCAUCAGGUGCCAGGAGCCCUGACUACACACCAGCACAGACAAAGGAACAAAGUGAUGCUUCAUCCAACUCAUCCAACUCCACCAACAAUGACAGGUGUGACCCCAUUGCAGAGAAGCUGAUGACACAGACAGAAUAAAUGACUCAGCUGAGGCUUCAUCUUUUACACUUUAUUUACCCCGAUAUUGUCACACAGAGCGAUCGGACAAACUGAUAGACAAGGACGCUGUGUUACAGUCAUCUGUGUUAAGAAUUAAGAAUUUGUAGUCAUUUGU